AGCCAAAGCUCUUCAAUUUUGCGAUUGUAUGGAAACGUUUGCUUUAUUUCUGCCAAAGCGCACUGUGAUAAUAAAACCAGAAUUUGUUGGGUUUUGUGGAUAACUGAAGCUCCUGGGUUUGUGUAUUUUGAAGAGUCAAUUCGAUGAAUUUAUACUGAAUUUUCGUUCCUCUCUGUUUAUCUCAGCGACGAUUCUUCUGGGUUUUGCAGUUCUGAAUCAAUCAUAAUCUAUCGUGAUUUAGGGCUUUAUACUUGAUGAGAAUCUACUGAAUUAGUCCUAGUUAAGAUGGCGAGAAAAGCUAACAACAGUCUGUUCCUUGAAGAAUGGUUAAGGACUGUGAGUGGAAGUAGUGUCUCUGGUGAUUUAGUGAAGCAAAAUUCUGCUCCAUCUGCUAGGUCGAUUAUUCAAGCAUGGUCUGAGAUUCGUGAAUCUCUCCAAAACCAGAACUUUGAUACACGUUAUCUUCAAGCUUUGAGAGCUUUGGUUAGCUCUGAGUCCACUAUCCAUGUCGCAGAUCCCCAAGCAAAGCUACUUAUAUCCAUAUUAGCUUUACGAGAUGUAUCUCUUCCGUCUGACUCUUACACACUUGUUCUCAGACUACUCUAUGUGUGGAUUAGGAAAGCAUUUCGACCGUCUCAAGCUCUUGUUGGUUCAGCGGUUCAGGCCAUUCGUGGUGUUGUUGAUGACAGGCCUAAUCUCCAACCAACUUUAGUAGCGCAGAGCGUUCUGGUUUCUGGUGCCUUUGCGUGUGUUCCUUCUCUGUCUGGAGACUUGAAACUCUUAUGCUUCGAAUUGUUAUGCAGGCUUUUGGAAGAAGAGUACUCAUUGGCGGGAUCUCAAGAAGAACUUGUUCCUGUAGUGCUUGCAGGAAUUGGGUAUGCUUUAUCUUCUUCGCUGGAUGUUCAUUACGUUAGACUAUUGGAUUUAUUGUUUGGCAUUUGGUUAAAAGACGAGGGUCCUCGGGGCAGUGUCACUCAUGGUCUGAUGGUUCUUCAUUUGAUCGAGUGGGUUAUGUCAGGUUAUAUGAGGUCUAAUUAUAUCAACAAGAUGUCUCUUUUUGCUAACGAGGUACUCGAGACUUCUAAGGAAAAGUAUACUGUUUUCGCUGUCUUCAUGGCAGCAGCUGGGGUACUGAGAGCUUCCACGGCAGGAUUCAGUAAUGGUGCACAGAGUUUUGAGAUUUCUAAACUAAGAAAUUCAGCUGAAAAGCGAAUAGAAUUUGUAGCUCAACUUUUAGUGUCUAAUGGUAUUGUUACACUUCCAACCACUCAGAGAGAAGGUCCUCUGUUGCAGUGCUUUGCUAUAGCAUUGGCUCGAUGUGGGACUGUUUCUUCCUCUGCUCCUCUGCUUUUGUGUCUCACUUCUGCAUUGUUAACUCAGGUAUUUCCUUUAGGCCAGAUAUAUGAAUCAUUUUGCAAAGCUUUUGGCAAAGAGCCUAUUGGACCAAGACUCAUUUGGGUCAGGGAGCAUCUUUCUAAUGUUCUUUUCAAGGAAUCAGGGGCCAUAACUGGGGCUUUCUGCAAUCAAUAUAUAUCAGCAAGUGAAGAGAACAAGUAUAUUGUGGAGAAUAUGAUUUGGGAUUUCUGUCAAAAUCUCUACUUACAGCACCGUCAAAUUGCUCUGUUGCUUCGUGGUAUAGAAGAUACAUUGCUUGUAGACAUAGAAAAAAUUGCAGAAUCAUCUUUCCUUAUGGUUGUCGUCUUUGCGCUAGCUGUUACGAAACAAUGGCUAAAACCAAUAGUGUCUAAAGAAAGAAAAAUGGAGACAUCAGUUAAGAUAUUAGUUUCGUUCUCCUGUGUAGAGUAUUUCAGACAUAUUCGUUUACCUGAAUACAUGGAGACAAUUAGAGAGGUGAUUUCAUGUGUCCAGGAGAAUGAUGCUCCUUGUGUUUCAUUUGUAGAGUCCAUUCCUUCCUAUAAUAGCUUGACGAAUCCGAGAGACUUGUUUACGCAAAGGAUAAAAUAUGAAUGGUCAAGAGAUGAUGUACAGACAUCUCGAAUAUUGUUUUAUCUUCGAGUAAUCCCAACUUGCAUUGGACGGUUAUCUGCUUCUGCCUUCAGGGGAGUGGUUGCAUCAACCAUGUUUUUAUAUAUUGGACAUCCUAACAGAAAAGUGGCGCGAGCAUCUCAUACAUUGUUGGUAGCAUUUCUCUCGUCAGCAAAAGAUUCAGAGGAGGACGAACGAAAUCAACUCAAAGAACACCUUGUUUUCUAUUACAUGCAACGAUCUUUGGAGGUUUACCCUGAGAUCACACCUUUUGAAGGUUUAGCUUCCGGCGUUGCAACCUUGGUCCGGCAUCUACCUGCAGGAAGUCCUGCUAUAUUUUAUUCUGUUCACAGCCUUGUUGAGAAGGCUUCUACAUUUAGCACCAAUUCUUUGCAAGGAAGAAAGUCUGAUCCUGGUAAUCAAAUUCUUGAGUUGCUUUUGCGACUUGUCUCUCUGGUUGAUAUACAAGUGUUGCCAUAUCUUAUGAAGUCAUUGGCGCAACUAAUUAUGAAGUUACCAAAAGAAAGACAGAACAUGGUGCUUGGUGAGUUGUAUGGUCAAGUGGCUGAGUCAGACGAUGUGAUUCGCAAGCCAUCUUUGGUAUCUUGGCUACAGUCACUGAACUACUUAUGUUCUAAUAACCGGACUGAAGUCUCAGCUUCUGGCUCAACAAUAGACACUUCGAACCAGUUGGCUGCUCGACUCUAGGGAUCUCCUCAUAGUUUGCAAACAUGUGAAAUAGAAUUAAAGUUUGUAU